ACACACCACCAGCAGAAACUCACCUGUUCCUGUGUGUCUCCUUCUCUUCUUUGUGUGUUUUCUGUGUUUUGUGUAACCGUGUUGGCCCGUGGCUCGCUCCCGGGUCUCCUCGUGUCUCUCCAUGCGCGCUCCCGUGUGCGUGGCGCUGUUUGUUUGGCUGCUGAGCGAUGCGGCGGCGCGUCAGUUCACUGAGGAGGAGAUGGCUGCUGUCAGACAGCGCAUCAAAGCCAUGUUCUACCACGCCUACAACAGUUACCUUGACAACGCGUUCCCCUACGACGAGCUCCGCCCACUCACCUGUGACGGACAGGACACCUGGGGCAGUUUCUCUCUCACUCUGAUCGAUGCUCUCGACACUCUGCUGGUUUUGGGAAACCGCACCGAAUUUCAGCGCGUGGCGCCGCUGCUCCAGGACACCGUGGACUUUGAUAUCGACGCCAACGCCUCCGUGUUCGAAACCAACAUCAGAGUGGUGGGGGGUCUGCUGUCGGCUCACCUGUUGGCAGGUCGGGGGAUGGAGCUGGAGCCCGGUUGGCCGUGUUCAGGACCUCUGCUGAGGAUGGCCGAGGACGCUGCCAGGAAACUGCUGCCUGCGUUCCAGACGCCCAGCGGCAUGCCGUACGGCACGGUGAACCUGCUGAGCGGCGUCAGUCCCACGGAGACGCCCGUGACGUGCACCGCCGGCGUGGGAACCUUCAUCCUGGAGUUCGCCACGCUGAGCCGCCUGACGGGAGACGCCACGUUUGAGAAGGCCGCCCGCCAGGCCCUGCGAGCGCUGUGGAAGACCAGAUCGGACAUCGGGCUGGUGGGGAACCACAUUAACAUCCUGUCUCUGAAGUGGGUUGCCCAGGACGCUGGUAUUGGAGCGGGGGUGGACUCGUACUUUGAGUACCUGGUGAAAGGAGCCAUCAUGCUGCAGGACGAAGAACUGCUCAACAUGUUCCUGGAGUACGACCGAGCCAUCCAGAACUACACCCGCUUCGAGGACUGGUACCUCUGGGUCCAGAUGCACCGAGGAACCGUCUCCAUGCCGGUGUUCCAGUCUCUGGAGGCCUUCUGGCCCGGCCUGCAGUCUCUCCUCGGGAACCUGGACAGCGCCGUGAGAACUUUCCAGAACUAUUACUCGGUGUGGAGGCAGUUUGGAGGUCUGCCGGAGUUCUACAGCAUCCCUCAGGGGUACACGGUGGACAAGAGAGAGGGGUACCCACUGAGACCAGAGUUGAUAGAGAGUGCGAUGUACCUGUUCAGGGCGACAGGCGACCACACCUACCUGCAGCUGGGCCUCGAUGCUCUGGAGUCCAUCGAGAAGAUCACCAGGACGCCCUGCGGAUACGCCAGCGUGAAAGAUGUGCGCGACCACGCGCUGGACAACCGCAUGGAGUCCUUCUUCCUGGCUGAGACCAUCAAGUACCUGUACCUGCUGUUUGACCCCGCCCACUUCCUGCACGGCGGGGGGGCGGAGGGCGACGGGUCGUGGGAGGCGGGCGGCGAGGACGGCCAGUGUGUUUUGGGGGCGGGGGGGUUCAUCUUCAACACGGAGGCCCACCCUCUGGACGCCGCCGCGCUGCACUGCUGCAGCCAGCACGCCGCCGAGAGCCGCGCACUGGCUGACCUCCUGCUGACACAAGGCCCGCCCCCCGGCCAAUCACAGACACAGGGCCCGCCCCCCGGCCAAUCACAGACACAGGGCCCGCCCCCUGGCCAAUCACAGACACAGGGCCCGCCCCCCGGCCAAUCACAGACACAGGGCCCGCCCCCUGGCCAAUCACAGACACAGGGCUCGCCCCCCGGCCAAUCACAGACACAGGGCCCGUCCCCUGGCCAAUCACAGACACAGGACUCGUCACCUGGCCAAUCACAGACACAGGGCUCGUCCCUGGCCAAUCACAGACACAGGGCCCGCCCCUGGUCAAUCACAGACACAGGACACAGGGCCCGCCCUGGCCAAUCACAGACACAGGGCUCGUCACCUGGCCAAUCACAGACACAGGGCCCGCCCCCUGGCCAAUCACAGACACAGGGCUCGUCCCCUGGCCAAUCACAGACUCAGGACUCGUCACCUGGCCAAUCACAGACACAGGGCCCGCCCCCUGGCCAAUCAGAAAGCAUCGCUCUGAAGCCCGGCGAGAAGAAGACGCCGCCGGCGCUGUCCUGUCCCGUGCAGCCGUUCAGCGCUCGGCUCGCCGUCCUCGGACAAGUUUUCACCGACAACACGUGGCGCUGCCGCCGCUCAGACCCGUUCAGACCCGUUCAGACCAGUUCAGACCCGUUUUCAGACCCACCCGUUCAGACCAGUUUAGACCCGUUCAGACCCGUUCAGACCCGUUUAGACCCGUUCAGACCCGUUCAGACCAGUUUAGACCCGUUCAGACCCGUUCAGACCCGUUCAGACCCGUUUAGACCCGUUCAGACCAGUUUAGACCCGUUCAGACCCGUUCAGACCCGUUCAGACCCGUUUAGACCCGUUCAGACCCGUUUAGACCCGUUCAGACCAGUUCAGACCCGUUCAGACCCGUUUAGACCCGUUCAGACCCGUUUAGACCCGUUCAGACCCGUUCAGACCCGUUUAGACCCGUUCAGACCCGUUCAGACCCGUUCAGACCAGUUCAGACCCGUUCAGACCCGUUUAGACCCGUUCAGACCCGUUCAGACCCGCUCAGACCCGUUCAGACCAGUUCAGACCCGUUCAGACCAGUUUAGACCAGUUCAGACCAGUUCAGACCCGUUCAGACCAGUUCAGACCCGUUCAGACCAGUUUAGACCAGUUCAGACCCGUUCAGACCCGUUCAGACCAGUUCAGACCCGUUCAGACUAG